GGGGAUUCCUGAGCACACUCGAGUGUGAGAAGCGCUGGCUUAACUCUGUUCACUUCUUUCCUGCAUGUUUGACAUUUUCCAUAAUUAAGAGGUUGUGGGGUUUUGUUUUGCUUUCCUGUGUCUUCACAGUCUCGAGGAGCUCUUCCUACGGAGACCAGGGCUGGAGGGAGCUGGGAAGCGCUGCCUCCCGGUUCUGGCCUCCUGCUUGGACCCACUAGCCCCACCGCUGGCCGGCGCUCGGUCGGGAGGCACCGGGGUCCCGCAGGGCAGUCCCGACCCCGUGCCUGGGCCGCACCUGCAGCCGGGGCUCCGUCGGGCCGGGCGGAAGCGCAGGAGCGCAGGGCUGGGCAGGCCCGGGCGUGGCGGCCCCGGCGCACCUGGGCGAGCCGGCAGGUGGGAGCGUCGCGGCCGGGGCCCCAGCCCUCGCGCGGGGGAGGAGCGGGCGGCGCGGGGCGGGCGCAGCGGGGGCCGGGGCGCUGGGAGCCCGUUGGGCCGCGAACGCAGCCGCCACGCCGGGGCCGCCGACAUCGGGUGCCCGGGAUGAGCCUCAUCCGGAAAAAGGGAUUCUACAAGCAGGACGUCAACAAGACCGCCUGGGAGCUGCCCAAGACCUACGUGUCCCCGACGCACGUCGGCAGCGGGGCCUAUGGCGCCGUGUGCUCGGCCAUCGACAAGCGGUCAGGGGAGAAGGUGGCCAUCAAGAAGCUGAGCCGGCCCUUUCAGUCCGAGAUCUUCGCCAAGCGCGCCUACCGGGAGUUGCUGCUGCUGAAGCACAUGCAGCAUGAGAACGUCAUUGGGCUCCUGGAUGUCUUCACCCCAGCCUCCUCCCUGCGCAACUUCCAUGACUUCUACCUGGUGAUGCCCUUCAUGCAGACGGAUCUGCAGAAGAUCAUGGGGAUGGAGUUCAGUGAGGAGAAGAUCCAGUACCUGGUGUAUCAGAUGCUCAAAGGCCUUAAGUACAUCCACUCGGCUGGGGUCGUGCACAGGGACCUGAAGCCAGGCAACCUAGCUGUGAACGAGGACUGUGAACUGAAGAUCCUGGAUUUUGGGCUGGCGCGGCAUGCAGAUGCCGAGAUGACUGGCUACGUGGUGACCCGCUGGUACCGGGCCCCCGAGGUGAUCCUCAGCUGGAUGCACUACAACCAGACAGUGGACAUCUGGUCUGUGGGCUGCAUCAUGGCAGAGAUGCUGACAGGGAAAACUCUGUUCAAGGGGAAAGAUUACCUGGACCAGCUGACCCAGAUCCUGAAAGUGACCGGGGUGCCAGGCACGGAGUUUGUGCAGAAGCUGAACGACAAAGCGGCCAAAUCCUACAUCCAGUCCCUGCCACAGACCCCCAAGAAGGAUUUCACUCAGCUCUUCCCGCGGGCCAGCCCCCAGGCCGUGGACCUGCUGGAGAAGAUGCUGGAGUUAGAUGUGGACAAGCGCCUGACAGCCGCGCAGGCCCUCACCCAUCCCUUCUUUGAACCCUUCCGGGACCCUGAGGAAGAGACGGAGGCCCAACAGCCAUUUGAUGAUUCCUUAGAACAUGAGAAACUCACAGUGGAUGAAUGGAAGCAGCACAUCUACAAGGAGAUUGUGAACUUCAGCCCCAUUGCCCGGAAGGACUCGCGGCGCCGGAGUGGCAUGAAACUGUAGGGACCCAUCUCACAUGGCACCGCUGGCCAGACACUGCCCAAGGACCAGUAUUUAUUUGUCACUACCAAACUCAGCCCUUCUUGGAAUACAGCCUUUCAAGCAGAGGACAGAAGGAUCCUUCUCCUUAUGUGGGAAAUGGGCCUAGUAGAUGCAGAGUUCAAAGAUGUUGGUUGGGAGAAACUAGCUCUGAUCCUAACGGGCCAUGUUAAACUGCCCAUCUGGAGAAGUGCCUGCAGGUGGGGACCUUUCCUUCCCACUGGAGUGGGGCUGAGAGGGUGCUGAGCCAGGCCAGGGGCCUAUGGCAGUGAUGCUGCAUUGGUUUCCUAGGGAUGCUCUAACAAAUUACCACAAAUUGAGUAGCUUGAAACAGCAGAAUUUGAUUCCCUCACAGUUCUGGAGGCUGGAAAUCUGGGAUGGAGGUGUUGGCAGGGCUGUGGUCCCUUUGAAGGCUCUGGGUAAGAAUCCUUCCUUGGCUCUUUUUAGCUCGUGGUGGCAGUGGGCAGUCCGUGGCAUUCCCCAGCUUAUUGCUGCAUCACUCCAGUCUCUGUCUCUUCUGUUCUCUCCUCUUUUAAUAACAGUCAUUGGAUUUAGGGCCCACCCUAAUCCUGUAUGAGCUGAUCUUGAUCCUUAUUAAUUACACCUGCAAAUACUCUAUUUCCAAAUAAAGUCAUAUGCUUAGGUUCCAGGUGAACAUGAAUUCCAAGGGGAAAUGAUUCAACUCACUACAGAUAGCUGGGAGGGAGGGGCCCCUUCCUGGGCCCUGUGCUGAGGCCUUGUGCUCUGUGAAGGAACCAAAUGUGUUUGGCUGCUAAAUUAAGGGAGUUGCGGAGAGAGCUGCAGCUGGUGCGAUUGCAUUCAGGUUAUUUUGGGUGAGUGAUAAGCAAUCAAGAUAUGAAACAACAGCAGGCUUGGAGACUGCGAGCUGCACAGGCAGAAAUGGGCUCUUGCCUGGCUUGAUGGCAAACCUUUCUGCUCCCUUUGGGAGAUGGCACAGCUCUCCAGAGCUUUGACCUGACAGUGGCUAGAACCUCUGUUUUUAUCUGAGAAACGAAUUUCCAUGUGCACAAGCUAUCAGGGGCACAGUGGGUCUCAAAUUUCCUUGUGCACCAGGGGAAUUGUUAAAAUGCAGAUUCCUGGGCCCCAUCCCAGGGCUUGUGACUCAGCAGGUCUGGAGUUGAGACCUUAGAAUGUGCAUUUGAAUGAGGACCUCUCGCCCUGACCCAAGCCUAGUGAUUCUGAUGGAUAUCAGACAUUUAGUGGAUUUCAGUCAUACUUGAUUUGUUGGGAGGCCUAAAUCAACCUACAGCAGAAGACUGGGGGGCUUCAGAUGGAGCUUCACACUCAUCUUACAGGUGUUAAAACUGAGGCUCGGACAACUUUUUGUUUGUUUGCUUGUUUGAGACAGGGUCUGGCUCUGUCACCCAGGCUGGAGUGCAGUGGCACAAUUACAGCUUACUGCAACCUCAACCUCUUGGGCUCAAGCCAUCCUCCCACCUCAGCCUCCUAAGUAGCUGGGACUACAGGUAUAUGCCACCCAGGUGCACCAGGACUACAGGUGGCUAAUUAAAACAUUUUUUUCUUUUUUGUAUAGGCAGGGUUUCUCUAUGUUGCCCAGGCUGGUCUUGAACUUCUGGAUUCAAGUGAUCCUCCCAUUUUGGCCUCCCAAAGUGCUGGGAUUAUAGGCAUGAGCCACCCUGCAGGCCCAGACAGCAUUUUUAAGGCCUUGAAACUCUUCUGUAUGAUACUGUAAUGGUGGAUACAUAUUGUGCAUUUGUUACAAUCUGUAGGACUGGAUAACACAGAGUGAACCCUCAAGUAAACUAUGGACUUCAGUUAAUAAUAAUGUAUCAGUAUUGGUUCAUAAAUUGUAACAAUUGUGCCACACUAAUGCAAGAUGUUACUCAUCAGGAAAACUGGAGAGAGAGGUGGGAAGUACAUGGGAACCUCUGUACUUUCUGCCAACCUAAAACUGCUCUAAAAAAUAAACAACAGGGCCAGGUGCAGUAGCUCACGCCUGUACUCCCAGCACUUUGGGAGGCUGAGGUGGGCGGAUCACUUGAGGUCAUGAGUUCAAGACCAGCCUGGCCAACAUGGUGAAACCCCAUCUCUACUAAAAAUACAAAAAUUAGCUGGGUGUGGUGGUGCAUGCCUGUAAUCCCAGCUACUCAGGAGGCUGAGGCAGAAUUGCUUGAACCUGGGAGGUGGAGGUUGCAGUGAGCUGAGAUUGCACCACUGCACUCCAGCCUGGGUGACAGAGUGAGACCCCAUCUCAAAACACAAAAAACAAAUACCCUGAGGCCACAGAGAUAUUAGGUCAGAUACCCACAGCUGGGAAGUGGUGGAGUCAGGAUUGGAACCCAAGUAGGCUUGACCACUGCGCCCAGCUUGGAUUCAGGGUUGCCCAGCCUUCUGUCUUCUCGCCAGUCUCUCUGAGACCCUUACUGCUGACUGUGUCCAUGGUCUCUGUUUUCUCUCCCACAGAAAGGCCCUGCUGUCAAGGAGUUGGGGAGUCCUUGACUGGGACUGGCUAGUCUUGCCACAGCCCUGGCUUCGCUGGUUACUAAACUGCCCCAGGUUCCCUGAGUCUAGAUCCCUCUAAGUCUCCUUCUGAGAGUCCUCACUGCCCCAAGGAAAAAGUCCAGCCUUCUUGGCCUGGCAUUCAAAACCUCUUGUGUUUUGAAUCUCAUCAGCUCCCACUGCCUCCCCUGGUCCUUAUGUCAGUGUGAGACACCAGUCCUGGGAUCCACCAUAAGGUUCGUUCUGCAUCAUUCACAGGUUAAAAGUCCUGACAAGUGCUGCAGUACACAGAACUGUUCAACUCAUUUAAUCCAGAACUUCCCAAAUUUACUUAACCACAGGACCCAUUUUCUCCCAACAGCAUGACACUCAUAGCCUUUUUCUGCCCAGUGCAGCCCAGUGCACAGGUCCCGAUACUGCCUCUCCCCAAGUAGGCUUGUCCUUCUUUUAGUGCCUGUGGGUGGAAGGCCCUCCAUUCUCCUCUCCAUUCUCCUUGGCCUUCAAGGCUUUGCCUUAGGCCUCCCUCCAGGCAGCUGUUCUCCAUCAUCCCCCCUGGGCUGCAGGCCCCCUCUGUGGGCAGUAUUUACAGUGUGCGGUUUGGCCUCCCCUUCCCGUUGCCCACUGUGAGCAAAUAUCUGUGCGUGAAUGAACAAUGACUGAAUGAUGUCCCCAGGGGCCUGUCGGUCACUUCUUUGCCCCGACCAGGCCAAUGUCAUAUGGAAGGUGGCAGAGAGCACAGCAGGAAGCAGAAGUGGGCGGCCCUGGGCUGUACCUUUGAGAAUAUUCUCUCAGACCCCCAGACCGCGCCCCUCCCCAUCAUCCCUUGGUGUCCUCCUAGGCUGUCCCCACUCCAGAAUUAAACCUCAGCCCCCUCCCACAGAA